AUGGGGCAGGUGGCUUGGAAGGGUUUAUUUCUAUCGCUUUUUGAUUAUAAAACAGAGAAAUACGUCAUUGCGAAGAACAAGAAGGUGGGGAUUCUCUAUCGAGUGGUGCAGCUCUCCAUCCUGGCUUACCUGGUGGGGUGGGUGUUUGUUGUCAAGAAAGGCUAUCAGGACACAGACACAUCCCUCCAGAGCUCUGUCAUCACCAAGCUGAAAGGGGUAGCCUUCACCAACACCUCGGAGCUGGGGGAGAGGCUGUGGGAUGUUGCAGACUACGUCAUCCCUCCGCAGGGUGAAAACGUCUUUUUUGUCAUGACGAAUCUGAUUGUGACCCCAAACCAGAGGCAAGCCACUUGUCCUGAGAGUGUCAACAUUCCCGAUGCCCUGUGUUACGAGGAUGAGGACUGCCCCGCAGGGGAAGCGGUGGUGGCUGGCAAUGGGGUUAAGACUGGCCAUUGUUUGAAAGACAGGGACAGCAUCAGAGGGACUUGUGAGAUACUGGCCUGGUGCCCAGUGGAGAAAAGAUCCAAGCCCAAGAAACCACUUCUCGCCAGUGCAGAAAACUUCACUGUUUACAUCAAGAACUCAAUCCGCUUCCCCAAGUUUAAGUUCUCCAAGAUGAAUGUGCUGGCAACGGACAAUGAGUCCUACCUGAAGAGCUGCCGCUACAGCACGGAGCAUCCCUACUGCCCCAUCUUCCUCCUGGGGAACAUCGUCCGGUGGGCUGGGAGCGACUUCCAGGAAAUGGCCUUGGAGGGUGGUGUGAUAGGAAUUCAGAUUGAAUGGAACUGUGAUCUUGAUAAAGCCCCUUCUGAAUGUAAUCCUCACUAUUCUUUUAGCCGGCUGGAUAGCAAGUUUGCAGAAAAGUCCAUCUCUUCUGGGUACAACUUCAGGUUUGCCAAAUAUUACCGGGAUGCUGAGGGAGUCGACUACCGGACGCUCAUGAAAGCAUAUGGAAUCCGCUUUGAUGUGAUGGUGAAUGGCAAGGCUGGGAAAUUUAACAUCAUUCCCACCAUUAUCAAUAUCGGUUCGGGGCUUGCUCUCAUGGGAGCGGGAGCUUUCUUCUGUGACCUGGUGCUGCUGUAUCUGAUUAAAAAGAGCAACUUUUAUCGAGGCAAAAAGUACGAGGAAGUAAAGUCCAGUUCCAGGAAAUCGUUAUCUAGCCCUACGCUGAACGGGAAUCAGAGCCCUGACCAGCUCGGUGGGCUCUAGGCGCAGCGAUGGCUCUGCCAGCUGGACUCGUGUUCCAGGGAAACCACGCAGGUGUGACGUCACACCAGGAUUGGGGGGUGGAGAUACCCCAGAUCAGAUCUACUGUCUAUUAUCGGGAUUACCAGAGGAAAAAAAAAGUCCUUUAAAGACCGCCCUUCUUUCCCUGAGAUGUUCUCUGGUAUCCUGAGCCUGCAACAGUGUGUCAUCACUACGGAUUUAUAAAAGGUUUUUAUAAAAGGAAAAAGAAGGCACCAAAUGAAUGUUUUUAUAUCUAUUGAUAGAUAUAUCUGUACCUACGUCAAUAGCCAGCGUUACCCCGCGCUUUGCUUCCAUGUGCGCAAGAGCCGUGAUGUGAAACACCGCUGGCGUGUUGAGGAGGGCUGAGGCUGAGAUUCAACCUGUCUCCCGCUCCACUGGCUUGCGGCCACCGCUUCCGCCUCUCACUUGUGUUACACGCAAGAUCAGAUGUAAAGCAGCAGGACUGCUCUUGUCAGGAAGCACAAUGAAAUGCCGCAUUUCAGCAGCUCUCAGAGCCCGGGGCUUGUUAUCCUGCAAUGCCCGUGCUGACCGGGCCUGUGUCAGAGCGGGGGCAAUUACUCUUGCUGCGAGGUGUGUGUAACCAUUAGGGCUAGAAAUGGUGCUCCUCCAGGAAAAGCCUUCGCAAGAGCUGCAACAAGGUGCUCCGCUCAUCUCGGGAGUGGCAGGAGAAGGUCCUGCCGCAGCUCUGAAUGGAGAGUCGGUUCAGCCGUGGCUGGGUCCCA